AAACUCUCUCUGAGUUGUGUUGGCACUGGUCAUGAUCUGUUACUGAACCUCCACACCCAUAUCAGAGUAGACUAGUGAAAUGGAUUAAUAAUUAUGAAAUAUUAUCUGAUCAAAAGGUGGAUAUAUACUUAUUGGUUCCAUGAUAUAACAGAGAUUUUCAUAGGAAUUUAAUCAUCAUCUUACAUAGCAAUGCUGCAACAACACCAUGGUUUCUGGCUGUAUGUAGUGCUAAUGAUUUGCUGCCUUGUACAGACAGAUUUAGUCAUUGGUACCAACAUGAACAGUGGAACUAUUUACAAUGGGAUAUCUGUAUCCGGGUAUAGCGUACAAUAUCAUAUUAAGACAGAAUACAUUCACAAUUGCCCAGAAGGUUGGUUUAGUGGAAGUACUCAAUGUUACAAGCUCUUCGAGGAGCAGCUAAGGUGGAAUGAUGCAUUGACCACCUGUAGGAACUAUGAUGCAGAACUUGUUCAUAUUCAUGGCAUCUUAGAAAAUGAGGGGAUUGGAUCAGCAUUUGAGUGGAGCCUUAAUGACACAGCAAUCUGGACAGGCUUCAAAGGACAGAUAUCCAUAAAUGAUCUUGAGGGGAGUGAUGUUAUGUGGAGUGAUGGCACAUCAGCAUCAGUUCUUGAAGGAUUCUGGGCACCAGGACAACCGGAUUCUACACUGGGGGAGUGUGUAGCACUCAAACAAACGAGACUGGUUGAUGGGACUUAUCCUUGGACUUAUACGUUUUGUAAUGAGAAACUACCAUUCAUGUGUGAGAGGCUUGCUGAGAUGCAAGGUUAUCAACGUUGUGGCAAUGGUGACCUUGUUUUCACAAACUACACUUGUGAUAUCAUUGGAGAUUGUGAGGACCAAUCAGAUGAAAGUGUUUGUCCGGAACUGUGUCACCACUAUCUGACUGGGGCUAAUGGUACAGUAAAUGUGACAUCGUCAUCAUAUAAAGCAUUUGCUAACUGUCAGUGGAUCCUUGAGGGACCCCCUGGAACUAAAGUAACUAUUCAUUUUGAUGAAAGCAACUUUGACACCGAAUAUCUAUCUGAUAUUGUAAAUGUCUGGAUAGGUGGCAGUGCUUUAGCUAAAUCGAAAAUGGUGGCUGAAUUAUCAGGAAGCAUUAUGGGACAGCAGAUGGAGUUUAUAAGCAAAAACAACUUUGCUAUGGUAACAUUUAAUGCUGAUGCCUCAGUGCAGGGUUCGGGAUUUGUCUUCACUUGGACUAGUAAGCCAUAUAAUUGUGGUGGAGCACUUACGGCAAAUGAGACCUCCAUAGAACUGUCUUCACCUAGUGAAGGAGGAGUCUAUGUUGGGGGAUUAGACUGUGAGUGGUAUAUCACAGUCCAACCUGGUGUUGACAGUUAUAUAUCUCUAGAGAUGCUAUCCCUAGAUUUAGACCACUUAUCUGGGGAUACCCUAGAGAUAUUAGAUGGUAACAAGAGAGAUUCUAGAGUCCUGGCCUCUUAUAGUGAAACCCUUGACCCUGUACUAGUGCAGUCUAGUGGAGGGAGUGUUCUGGUUAGAUUUUAUACCAGAUCUCACCUUAAAGCUGCUGGCUUCCAGCUGAAGUAUUCUAACAGCCAGGAUCUGAAACUAGCCAAUGAUGUUUACUCUGGGCAGGUGCAUUCCAAUGGCUUAGGUGCUAAUCCCUACCCAAGUCAGUAUGCCAGCAACAUCACAGUUAACACUUUAGACCUCAUUCCAGGCACUGUCUACUUUAACUAUGUCAACCUAGGUGAAGGGGACUUUAUAAAGGUGUUUGAUACCAGUGGUGGGUCUCCAACUCUGCUAGGAGAGUUAAGUAGAGUCAACACAUCAUUUGCAGCCACUUAUAACAAUGGAUCAUUCUCCGUUCAGAUGACUACAGAUGUCAUUGACAAUGCUAAUGGAUAUGCAUAUACAUUCUCCAGAGAUUGCCCAGAUAUUGCAUUAGGCUUUUCAUCAGACACCAUCAUCAACACCAGUGCCUCUAACAUUGGUAGCUACAAGAGCUAUAUGUCCAACUCUACUAUCACCUGUAGUGUGGGCCAUGUCUUCAAGCAGCAGUAUUACAUAGGGACCACAUCAGUGUCUAUGGAAUGCCGUUAUAAAGGCGUAUGGGAUAUACACCAUUAUCCAAAUUGUAUGGGUGCAUAUUGCGGGGCACCUCCAAAGGUAGAACAUGGCUAUGUUUACACCUCCACUGGGGUGACAUACAAUUUAACUGCCACCUAUAGAUGCUUUGGUGUUUACUUCCUUGUUGGCUCACCAUCUAUAACAUGCCAGGCUAAUGGCACCUGGACAACAGCACCUGCAUGUGAAGCUUCUACAUGUCCAGUAAUCAGUAAUGUGAGCAAUGCCCUGAAGUCUCUGUUAUUUGGGGAUGGGACAGAAUAUGGCUCACUGUAUAAGUAUGAGUGUCAACCAGGUUUUCAGAUGGAGGGAGCUCCAUUGAACCUAUGUACUCAAACUGGGUGGUCCGAGGCCCUGCCAACAUGCUCAAGGCUCAAAUGUAGUAAACCAGAAAUAGAGAAUGGACGAGUCACUACCAGUAUGAGGAUAUAUUACAAUGACCAGGUCACCAUAGAAUGUGAUGCAGGAUACAAAAUACUAACCACCAAUAUGACUAUCUGUAAUGAGAACCAAACAUUUACUGAUUUACCUGUAUGCCAAGAUGUUGAUGAGUGUUCAGGUAACCUAGACAACUGUCAACAUGAGUGUAGCAAUACAAUGGGAAGUUUCACGUGUUCUUGUAAACCUGGCUACAACUUAGAACCUGACAACUUCACAUGUACAGACAUCAAUGAAUGUGCACAGGUGAAUCCCAUAGCUCAGAUGGGAUGUAGCCAGACAUGCAACAAUAUACCAGGCUCCUACUACUGUUCAUGCUUCAAUGGUUAUGUAUUGUAUGAUAGCCCAGGGAUCAGUAGUAUCAACCUGGCCAACUCUGAGGAUGGUCUUCGAGAGGGUGAUGUUUACUAUAUUAACCACACAUGUGUUCGUGUCCAGUGUCUCACCCCCUCAUUAGUAAUACCUUAUGGUGUAGCUUUAAGCACUAAUCAGAUGUACUACUAUGAAGAUACCCUGUCUUACCAGUGUGAUAUUGGGUAUCUGCCACAAGAGGUCACCAUUAUCACAUGUGGUAUUAAUGCAGAGUGGGAUAAUGCCCCACCUACAUGCACAGCUGCAACAUGUAAAUCAAGUAACUUCAAUCACACACUCUAUGCACCUACCUCUGUGACUCCGAAGGGAGAUGUUCUCUAUGAGAAAGGAGUGAAUAUGACAUGUUCCACAGGCCUGCCCACUCCAACUCUGCACACACGCGAGUGUGUGUAUAAUAAACUCAAUAAACAGUAUGAACUACAGGGUAAUUCCUUGGAGUGUCCAGUUGUGAGCUGUGGCAGACCUGACCGUAUACCAGGGAGUGAGCCCUAUGCCUACCCUAAUACUCUCUAUGGGAGUAGCUUCACUGUCACUUGCAAACAGCUUUAUACAUUACGGGGCAACAGCUCACUGGGUGACAAUAGAGUGCAUUGUACACAACAUGGAUCUUGGGACUAUGGAACAUUAAGAUGUAAAGGUUUGACAUGCCAAGACCCUGGGACCCCACCUGAUGGUAUACAACAAGCCACAACCUAUGAGGAGGGAGAAGUGGUCAGUUACACAUGUGAACGUAGAGGCUACACUCCUUAUCCCCCUGAGCCCCUACAGUGUUUCACAACCCCUGAUAAUACAUCUGUGGAGUGGAGAAGAAUUACAAUGGACAGAAACAUAGCCAGCAUGCCCCUUGUGCCAACCUGCAUUGAUGUUGAAGCUCCUGUUGUUAACUGCACUGUGCCCCUUAUCAAAACAACACCAUAUGGCAACAUUAGUUCCCUCUUUGUUCCACCAAUGAUAACUGACAACUCAGGGCUGGUUGCCAGUGUAUCCAUCACCCCAUUAGGUUUCCAUGGUGAUGAGUUGAUUGUUGAGAACAUUGAUGUUGUUUACAUGGCAACAGAUCAUGCUGGGAACUCUGCUAAUUGUUCCAUUAGUAUUAUUGUAGAAGAAAUCUUCAUGAAUCCUACAAUUCAGUGUCCAGAGUCAUAUAGGAUGUUUCUAGAUGUCACAGGUCCAAAUGCAGUGAACCUCACUGAGCGGAUGGCUAGUGUCAAUAGUAGCUAUGGAUCUACUAGAAUCACCUUUGAGCCAUCUUUUGUAAAUGCUACAACUCUUCCCCUACCCAUAGAUGUCACUGCAACUGCUACUGAUGUCACUGGAUUAAAUGCCUCCUGUACUUUUCAGGUUGUCGCAACAGCAUCCCCAUGUCAUCCUGACCUGUUAACUGCCCCUGCAAAUGGUGUUAAGACAUGUGUGGCUACUGGCUCCAAUGGCUGGAAUUGCACUAUAAGCUGUAAUCCUGGAUACACUUUCUAUGAUAUCAACCAAACAACAACAUACACAUGUAAUGGGUCAUCAUGGAUACCAAAGGUGGUACCACCUGGUUGUGUCACCUCUGUUGUGACACCUUCAUACAACAUUGAAUAUCGACUCAAAUAUCAAACAACAUCAGAAAGCAUCAACGAUACUUGUGCCAAUAUUUCCUACAAUGAAUUGCUAAAUAGAUUGAAUAAUUUAACUGACCCAAAGACAUCCUUUGAGACACUGUGCAAAGCUGACGAUGGGGGUUACACAGUUGAUUUGACAUUUUUCCAAGUUGACAGUUUGGAAGGUCAACCCACAAGUGGGCCAUAUUGGCUAUUACCAGUUCCACUAAAGAAUCAAGUUCACUUCAUAUAUAGGAUAGUCCAGAAAUACACACCUCUCCAAUAUUCCCUGCAACCAUACACUGAAUGCCUCUCAGCAAUGGAAGAUCUGAGUAUACGAAACUAUGACUCAAGACUUGUGGAUUUUUUUUCUGGGGUGAAUGAGAUUCAGGUUGCAGACUGUCCUUUUAUAACUGGUACUCAUCAAAACAUGAUUGACGUUGGCUUUGAGUGCCCAGGCAACCUGUUGAUCAGAGAUGAGAAUAACACACGUCUUUGCUUGCCAUGUCCAGUUGGUUAUUAUAAUGGCGGUAAUGGGACAGUUUGUACCCAGUGUCCUCUUGGGACAUUCCAGAACCUUACUGGCCAAUCAGAAUGCAUGUCUUGUCCAGAUGGGCAAUGGACUCAUGGUCUAGGAAGCACUUCAAGUCAGGAAUGUAUAGCUGAAUGUUCUCCUGGGAAAGUGUCUGAUACAAGACUGCCACCCUGUCACUCCUGCCCCUACAACUCCUACAGUCUCAACAGUACAAUGUGCCGGACCUGCCCCUUUAAUCACAUAACCAGACAAGAUGCUACCUCUAGCAUCUUAGGCUGCUUUGGUGAGUGUCCUCUUGGGAGCUACUCCAAAGAUGGUUAUUCUACAAAUGGGACUUGUACCUUGUGCCCAAGUCACUUCUACCAGAACCAGACUGGCCAGACAUCCUGCAUUGAAUGCCCCAAUGAUAAAGCUGUGUUAGCAGGGGGGUCUAGCUCACUAUCUGACUGUGGCACAACAUACCCUGAUGGCCAAGAAUUGUGUAAUCCGAGUCCCUGCCAGAACAAUGGUGUUUGUAGCAUAGUGAAUCAUAUAGCCCAGUGCCAUUGUAUGCCAGGGUUCACUGGAGCUUUUUGUGCUGAGAAUAUAGAUGACUGUGCUUCUCAGCCAUGUUUCCAUGGUGCUACUUGUAUGGAUGGCAUUGACUCAUUCAACUGUACAUGUUUGCCAGGCUUCAAUGGUACACUAUGUGAGGACCAGAUAGAUGGAUGCGUGAGCAAUCAGUGCCAGAAUGAUGCUAUGUGUCAAGAUCUGGACCUGGGCUACAACUGCUUGUGUCCUCAAGGAGAAGGCCUCACUGGAGUUUUAUGUAAUGUGACUAAUGAUCCAUGUAACAUCACAAGUCCUUGUAGUAGCCAUGGCAACUGCUCUGCUAUAUCCCCUGCAAGAUAUAUAUGUGACUGUUUCCUUGGCUACAGUGGCGCAACCUGCCAGAUAGCAAAUGACUUUGGCUACAUAUGGCAUACUAUAAGUGACACAUGUCACGUGGGAAGCAGUGAGUAUGUCUUAACAGGCAUUGACAAUGCAGCUAAGUGCAAACAACGCUGUGAUGAUGAAGAGACCUUCCAGUGCCUCUCAAUUCAUUACAAAGUAGAUGAGCUCAUAUGUACCUUGUACACUGCUGAUUCUAAGGCUGUGAGUCUGAACACUACAUGUCCUGGAUAUAUCUAUGCUGAGAGAAGUACUGAUGAGUGUGCCUCUUCACCAUGUCUGAAUGGUGGAACAUGUAAUGAUUUCCAUAAUGCCUUUAACUGUUCCUGCCCCCCAGGGUACAGUGGGCCUAGAUGUGAGGUUAGGGGGGACCCAUGUGUAGGUGAGAUGUGCAACAAUGCAGGCUCAUGCGUUGAUCUCUAUGCCUCAAAUAACACAAUUUGUGUAUGCAAUGUAACUGGAGAAAGUCCAUUAUGUGUACCACAAAAUUACUGUGAAAACAUAACCUGUCAGAAUGGUGGAAUAUGUGAGAAUGGAACGGGGACACACAACUGCACAUGUAUGCCAGGUUACUCUGGCUCUUUCUGUCAGCAUAAUAUUGAUGAUUGUGUUGGACAUCUUUGUGAGAAUGGUGCCACUUGUGUGGAUGAUAUUGGGAACUAUUCAUGUACAUGCACACCAGGUUUCGAAAACACUAUGUGCAAUGUAAACAUAAAUGAGUGUCAAGAUGGGGGAUGUGUGGCAAAUGGGACAAAGAACUGCACAGACCUAAUAGAUGACUUUGAAUGUACCUGCAGGCAAGGGUAUACAGGCAGAUUCUGUCAGGUUGAUAUAAAUGAAUGUGACUCAUUUCCAUGUCGCCACAAUGCAUCGUGUCAUGAUCUUGUAAAUGACUACAGCUGCACAUGUCAGGAGGGCUGGACAGGGAAACAAUGCGAUGACAUCAUACAGACCUGCACACCUGGACUGUGUGACAACAAUGCUACUUGCAUUGACCUUUUUAAUGAUUACUUAUGCAUCUGUCCUGCUGGUGUGUUUGGACGUAAUUGCUCCAGUGCCCCAGACCUCUGUGCUAGCUCUAACCCAUGUAUCCAUGGUGUGUGUUCUGUGGUGGCCGGGGACACAAAAUGCACUUGUAGUGAAGCACCCACAUGUGACUACAGUGACCCUGGAAGCAGGAAACCAUGUGGUGGUGCAGGGAUAUUGGAGGCUGACUGUAUCGAUAAGCUGGGCUGUUGCUAUGACAACAGUUCAAGUGUACCAUUCCCAGAAGCAAGAUGUUUCAGGAAACUACCAGGUUAUACUGGAGCUGGUUGUGAAUAUGAGGUGGAUAUGUGUAGUCUGAACACAACAUGUCUCAAUGGAGGAACAUGUGUCAUGGAGGACAAUUAUCACAAAUGUAUAUGUGACACAGGCUUUACUGGGUUCAGCUGUGAGACUAACAUAUAUGACUGUCCUGUGAAUGCUUGUGGAAAUGGCACUUGUAUAGAUGGCACUGGCAAGUACUGCUGCAAAUGUGAUGAUGUCACAAUGACGGGACAGAUGUGCAACAAAGCAAUUGUGUAUGACUACAGCAUGUACUUUUACUCAGCUAACAAGGAUGCAACUGCUAUAUUAAACUGUCCUUUCACCCUCAGUCCAACACAAAUAACCAUAUUUGUUCAAGUACGAUAUGCUAAACCAGGUGACACAGGAACAUAUCUCACCUUAUUUGGUAGCAGUUCAGGGGUUGAUACCAAGGAUGAAAAGGAACUCAUACGUUUAGAUGACACUGGAGUUUAUGUUUCUUUUGGGACCUCUUCAAAAAGUGCUCAAUUCCAAGGAGUUCACAUAAAUGAUGGCAAAUGGCACUUUGUGAUGGUAUCUUGGAAUACAGUAACAGGGGAGGUGUCACUUUGGUGGGAUGGCAUCAAGUAUGGCAUUUUACGUAAUUAUGCAAUAGGUGGCAGUCUUCCUCAAUAUGGUUGGACUGUUCUUGGAAGUAAAUACAAUUUGACAUCAUCGAGUGCCAUACCGAAUAUGGGCUUCAAUGGUUACCUGAGCAAUGUUUUUGUUCUUAAUCGCAUAUAUGACUACAAUAAUGAUGUGGAAGCAGUUGAAAAGAAUCGUAACUUUAUUCAAACUAAUGGUUUGGCUCUCCACUGGACUGGUUAUGAAAGCAUAGGUGCAGUUCAGAAUAUAAAUGGAAGUGCAGUGGCUGAUACCACUUCUCAAAUGGUUGAAAACACAGAUCGUGAUGCUCCUGAGGUUAUAUUUUGUCCAGAUGAUAUUUACCACUUCAGUGACGAACGUAUCAGUGUCAUUAAUUGGCCAGAGCCUCAAUUCUCAGAUGGUAACAUCUAUAAGAAUUAUAGACCAGAUGAGAGUUUGAGUUGGGGAGAGUACCACGUGGUCUACCUGGCUGAGGAUUCUUCCAACAAUGUGGCACAAUGCAAUUUUAAAGUCUACAUCAGUAAUUGGAGAUGUGACACUCCAGCUGUCCCUGUCGGUGGCAACCAGAGUUGUUUUAACAAUAGUCAACUGUAUGGCUGUACAACCAAUUGCCUCCUGUCCUCACAAAUCUCUUGCAAUCCUGUCCCCAAUUUAUACACAUGCAGUGCUGCAGCAUCUUGGAACCCAUUGAUGCCCUCAAUGUUUCAAUAUGAAGAAUGCACAGACUUGCUUCCACUAAAAACAUUGAGCUCGUUUGGAGUGAACUAUACUCUGAUGACACUACAGGGUGAGGCACAGAAGAUGGGGCUGAUGAAUCGCAUAAAAGGGGUCUUUGUUGAUCUUAAUCAAACCUUCCCUGGCCUUUGUGAAGACCCCUUAUGCUCAAGCAUCAAUGUUACAUUCAACUGUAUUGAGAAUCUUGCCUGCUUCAUAACUGUGGAGUUGAACUAUGUCCCGGUUGAACUGAUGAGUGCUAAUGAAACCAUAACUCCCAAAGAUCUGAUUGUACGAGAGGUCUACACAAACAACAAACUAGACUUUUCAACUUCUAUCCCUAGUACUCCAGAGUGGGUUCCUGACCUAACCACAUUUAGAAUACUCGAUGAGAGCACCUGCCCACCUGGGCAACAGUCAAAUGCUGGACAGUGCACUGAGUGUUGUCUUGGGACAUACUUUGAUGUGACAACUGAAACCUGCCUAGACUGCCCCUUUGAUAGUUACCAGAACCAGACUGGUCAGUUCCAAUGUGUAACAUGCCCAGUUAAUACUACCACUGAGUUCAAAGGCACGGGGAGCCAAAGCCUCUGUUAUGAGGUUUGUCCAGCUGGCAGUUUCUUCAAUACAUCAUCACUGCAGUGUGAGCUAUGUCAGUCAGAUUUUCAUCAGAACAUCACUGGUCAGUUUACAUGUGAGCCGUGUCCAGUUGGGAAAAUUACAGUGUCAUCUGGAGCAAUAUCAGCUGCACUCUGUUUUGAUCCCUGUAUUCCUGGGUAUGAGCUGCAACCCAAUGGCUCGUGUAUCGCAUGUGCUGUUGGCUUCUACAGACAAGAUGAAGACCAGUGCCAGGAAUGCUCAACAGGAUUCAUCACACCAUCUUCUGCUGCAAAUAGCUCUGUCCUCUGCAACAUAGCUGACUGCGGUCCUGGAUUAUACAGAAAUGUCACAGAGAAUCGUUGCUACUCUUGUCCCUUGGGAGAAUAUCAACCAAUGAAAUGGCAGACAUCAUGCAUGUCAUGUGACUCUGGCUAUACAACAAGAAGCUCUGGUGCAACAUUAAUUACUCAAUGUGAAUUUACAUGUCCAGAUGGGGAGGAGGUUGUUGCCAAUGGGACAUGUAGAGGCUGCCCAUUGGGUUUCUAUAAGAACAGCACAUUUGAUGUGUUUGGGAUGUGUCUCCUGUGCCCUGAUAAUACCACCACCUUAGAUGUCAACUCUACCACAGUCACUGACUGUGGACUCAGAGACUGUAGUCCAGGUUAUUUCUAUAAUGCUGUUACUGAUGAAUGCCAAACUUGUGCAAUAGGAUCUUACAAUGAGAACAGACGUCAAACUAUGUGCCAGUCAUGUCCUGCAAAUUACACAACUACCAACAAUGCUUCAUCGGCUCUGUCAGAUUGUCAAUUUUACUGUCAAACUGGUUAUGAAGUUGGAGCAGUAAACGAGACAUGUCGCAUAUGUCCGCGUGGUACAUACAAGAAUAACAGCCUCGAUGGAAUAUUCUCUACUUGUUUGACAUGUCCGAUGGGCAUGACAACAGCCAAUAAUGGGUCCAGUGUAAUUGACCAAUGUAACAUAGUUGCAUGCAGUGCAGGGUCUUAUCACAAUGUCACCUCUAAUACAUGUCACCCAUGUAGCAAGGGGAGCUACCAACCCGAUUCUCUUCAAGAGACAUGUAUUCUGUGUGAUUCAAGCUACACAACAAGAACCAAUGGCUCUGUGAAUGUAACAGCUUGUAUAUUUUACUGCCCAUCUGGAGAGGAGGUGAAUGGAUCAUUGUGUCAGGGGUGUCCAGUGGGCAAAUACAAAGAUAACACCAUUGAUGAAUUUGGAGUCUGUCAGCCAUGCAAUAACUCUUAUACAACUCUUUCUGUGAAUUCAACCUCAGCCAGUGACUGUAGCAUAGUUUCUUGUGGACCUGGUGAGUUCAGGAAUGAAAGUGGCAAUGUUUGUGAACCAUGUCCCAGGAGUAGCUACCAGCCAGAGGCUCUACAGACCAGCUGUAUACCAUGCAUGAUGAAUCAGACAACAGUUGGUGUUGGCUCUAAUGCUUCAAGUGACUGCCUCAUUUUUUGUCCAAGUGGUUACCAGGUGAACGGAAGCACAUGCCAGGCCUGUGAAAUUGGAGAAUACAAGAACAAUCUAGAAGACGACCUUGGAAUGUGUCAGAGUUGUCCUCCUAAUUUUAUCACCUAUGGGCGUAACUCUACCUCCUUAGACCAGUGUAACAUAUUAUCAUGUGGCAAAGGGUUCUACUUGAAUGUGACACUGAACCAGUGCUUCCCUUGUGAGAAGGGAAGUUACCAGCCAGCAAGGUGGCAGACUGAAUGUAUCUUAUGUAAUGCCUCUUAUACAACUGUUGGACUUCAGGCCACCAAUGCAUCUGCUUGUACAUUUUACUGUCCAUCUGGCUAUGAGGUGAAUGCCACAAACUGUGCAGGGUGUCCAAGGGGGACAUACAAGGACAACAAUGUAGAUGAACUCUCCAUGUGCCAAACAUGUCCUAGUGGUUUUAUAACAGCAGGCACAAAUGCCACAUCUGAAGCCCAGUGUACCAUUCCUGCAUGUGAAGCUGGCCAGUUUCUGAAUGAGACUGAGAACAGUUGUCAGCUGUGCCCUGUAGGGACCUACCAGACAGAUGUGUGGCAGAACAGCUGCAUCAGCUGUAGCACCAACUAUACCACCAACACGACAGGGGCAGAUAACAAUUCUUAUUGCACAUUCUAUUGUCCAUCUGGCUCAGAAAUUAUACCAAACACAGAAUCAUGCCGCAAAUGUGGGAGGGAGUUCUAUAAAGACAACAGUCUAGACAUUUUUAGCACCUGCCAGCUGUGUCCCGGGAGUAAUAUAACUGGGACUGUUGGUGCAACAUCAGUUGCUGAAUGCUCACUACCAUCAUGCUACCCUGGGACAUACCUGGAUGUCUCCAGCAAUGCAUGUGAGCCAUGCCCAGUAGGGGAGUUCCAGAGUGAGAAAUGGCAGAUAUCUUGUAUGGCCUGCCCUGCUAAAUAUUCAACAGUGGGAGAGGGUGCUUCCAACUCUUCUCAAUGUAAAUAUGUUUGUCCUGAUGGUGCAGAAGAGGGCUCAUCUAAUGGGACGUGUGUAGACUGUUUGCAGGGGUUCUAUAAGGACAACACAAUUGAUAGGUUUUCAUGCCUUGGUUGCCCACAGGACAGAAUAACAACUGGAAAUGGAUCUACAUCAGUGGCACAAUGUAGUUUGUUAUCAUGCUCAGCUGGUAGAUACUAUAAUAGCAGCAGUGAUAGUUGUCAGGACUGUCCAGUUGGAAGCUAUCAGUCAGAAAGGAACCAGAUAACUUGCAUAGUAUGCACUACCAAUUACACAACCCUUUCCAAUGGUAGCUCACAAGCUGCAGAUUGCCAAUUUUACUGUCCAAGUGGCUAUGAGCACAAUGCUACUAUUGGUGCACAGAGCUGUGAGGUUUGUCCAAGGGAAACAUAUAAAAGCAACAACAACAGUCUGUUUGAUUCCUGUCAGCCAUGUACUGCAGGCUUCAUAGCUACUCAGGAGGGUGCUACUGAUAAGCAGCAAUGUACUGUUCGUGAUUGUGGUCCAGGCACAUACCUUAACACUUCAGAGAAUGUAUGUGUGAACUGUAGUAUAGGGAGCUACCAGUCCACUAAAUGGCAAACGCAGUGUUCCAGCUGUCCAGUGAACUACACAACGAGUUUUGAGGGAAGCACCCGACAAGCCGACUGCACAUUUUUCUGUCCAUCUGGCUAUGAAAGCAAUGUAACAACUAGGACGUGUAUGAUGUGUGAAAGAGGCACAUACAAGGACAACAUUGAGGAUGUGUUUGGUGUUUGUCAGGCCUGUCCCGAAGGCUAUAUCACACCUAACAAUGGAGCAACCAGCAGUGCAGACUGUUCCAUUCUAUCAUGUGAGGCAGGGACAUACAGGAAUGUUAGCAAUAAUACAUGUGUCUUCUGCCCUGUGGGAACAUACCAGCCUGACCAGUGGCAGACAUCGUGUACAGCUUGUCCUGUAAACUAUACAACAACACAUGAGGGAAAUGUCAACCAAACAGCAUGCGCAUUCUACUGUCCACCUGGUUAUGAAGUAGGAUCAGGGUUUGAACAAUGUGAUAUCUGCCCUCAGGGUUCAUUCUCUAACAGGACAGUUGAUGUGUUUGGAGUCUGUGAGAUGUGCCCUCCAGCCACUACCACCACCAACAUUGGAGCUGCCUCUUUGGCUGAAUGUAAUAUUGCCGCAUGUGACCCAGGAAGUUACCUGAAUAUAUCUUCCAAUAUGUGUAUGGGGUGUCCAGUAGGAUCCUACCAGCCAUCAAAGUGGCAGACACAAUGCAUUCAGUGCAGCACCAAUUUUACAACAUCCUCUAUGGGAAGUAACAGUUCCUCAGAUUGCUUGUUUUACUGUCCAGCUGGCUUUGAGAAAGAAGUAGGGAACAACAGCUGUGUUAUAUGCUCUGUUGGAGAGUACAGGUCCUCUAAUGAUGUAUUUGGUGACUGCCAGAUGUGUCCUCUAGGCUUUAUAACACCUUUACCAGGAGCAGUCAGUCAAACAAACUGUAAUAUAGUGGCAUGCAAAGCGGGAACAUAUCGUAAUACCACCACCAAUAUUUGUGAAGAUUGUCCAGUGGGAACCUACCAAUCAUCAAAGUGGCAGGACGGAUGUACAACUUGUCCCUCCAGUUACACAACUAACUCCACGGGCAAAACACAGCAGGCAGAUUGCUCAUUUUACUGCCCAUCUGGAUAUGAGAGUCAGGGAUUGUUGUGUCAAGGUUGUCCACGUGGAAGUUAUAAAGACAAUGCUGACAACAUAUUUGGGGUGUGUCAGACGUGCCCAUCAGACACAACAACUGAGAAUGUUAAUACAACUUCCAAAGCAGGGUGCAACCAAGCUGCAUGUGGUGCUGGUCAAUAUAGAGACACUGUAAACAACACAUGCAAAAGCUGUGCUAUAGGCUUCUACCAGCCUACCAUAUGGCAGGAUGCAUGCCUGCAGUGUGGAGCUAGUGAAACUACUGCACAAGAAGCUUCAACAGACCAGUCACAGUGUCUUUUCUACUGCUCCAGUGGUUAUGAAGUGACUGGAACAAGACAAUGUAGCGGGUGUCUAAGGGGAGAGUAUAAGGACAACACAGUUGAUACAUUUGGCUCAUGUACUCCAUGUCCAGCUGGCAAUACUACCAGGGGUAUCAACUCCACUUCAUUGGCAGACUGCAAUAUUGAUGCCUGUGUGCCAGGUGAGUCAUUGGACAGUAGCAGUAGUAUGUGCAAACCAUGUCCUGUGGGACAGUACCAGGCCAACAGCCUAGCAGACACAUGUAACCAAUGUCCAUUGUAUCAAACCACUGCCGGGAGUGGCUCAACCAGCCUCGCUGAUUGCUACUUGCACUGUCCAAUAGGUAUGGAAAACUCUACAGGGACAUGCCAGGAUUGUGCUGUAGGUUUCUAUAAAACCACAGAGGGGGCAUAUCCUUGUACUCAAUGCCCGACUGAAAAAAUAACACCCUCAACUGGAGCAACUAAUCAAAGUCAAUGUAACAUUGAUGACUGUAAUGCUGGCAAACAGUACAGCCCAGAGUUACAGACUUGUGUAGCUUGCCCUGUUGGUUCAUAUAGGGACAAAUCAGAAGGUCUGCAAUGUACAGUCUGCCCUAUAGCCUUUUACACAGCUGGGAAUGGCUCCACAUCUGUAGCUGACUGCAACAUAGCAAAUUGCCAGGCUGGCACAUACAGGCAUGAGCCUUCAAACACAUGCUUAAAUUGCCCAUGGGAUACUUACCAGGAUGAAGCUAGACAGUCAGUUUGUAAACCAUGUGGACCAGGCCUCAAGGUCUGGGCCGUAAGCUCUACAAACUCAUCAGAUUGCAUUUCGUCUGAUGAGUGUACUAAUGGUGAGGCUACCUGUCACCCUGAUGCAACAUGCACAGAUGUAAGUGGAUCACCUGGCUUCACAUGUGCAUGCAACACUGGUUUCCUGGGAGAUGGAAUCACAUGUACACAUCAAUGUGUCAACUCCCCAUGUCAGAACAAAGCCAUAUGUGAGAGGACAACUCUCGGAAAAGGCUACAAUUGUAUUUGCUCAGAUAGAUAUUCUGGAGAUGUAUGUGAAAUACGCUUACCAGAAGAUCCCAGUGCGAGGCUAGGGACAGAUUUGAUAAUUGGUGCAGCAGUAGGUGUUCCCAUCCUCAUCAUACUGGCUGUCCUUAUAAUUGUAGCAUGCACUGCAAAGUUUUACAGGAAAAGGCGUUCUAAUCCUCCUAGCUAUUCAGACAUGAGCUAUAAAAACACUCUGUAUAACAGCAAAGCUAGCUAUGAUUCAAAAGUGAUGUCACUUCCUGGAGUUGGUGUUGCAUCACUUCCUCUCUUCCAAGCACAGAAACCAGUCAGACCACCAUAUUUUGACGAUACAGAAGAUGGACCUGAUUCACCAAAUAAUUCACCAAGCUCAAGAAUAGAUGCAAAAAGCGUCAGUACAUAUCAGACUUUUGACCCUAAAUUUGGGAAUUUCAUCAGAUAAUUACAGUAUACAAAGAUUUCAAGUUGCAGCAUGUACAGGCAUAUUUAGAACUUACCCAUAGCAAGUCAAAGUGACACUUUUUUAUACAAUGUAUGGUAGUUCAUUAACUUGACUCAGUAUGUAGAAUUAGAGGCAGUUGUUAUUUUUAAAACACUCCUACAUGUAUAAUUUAAUCGAGUUCCGUAUUUGAUAAUUCACACUGGCGUAGCGUCAUAUAUGCAUAAAACGCCAUGGCGUA